GAGUGAGCUUGUUUCAUUCACUUUCUCUGAAUCCAGGAAGUAGCGUAAGCGAUUCUUGCGGUGGUUAUAGAAUGGAGAAAAUAUAAAUUACGAAAAAAAAUAAUAAAAAGAAAGAAAUGGAUAAUCUCUGUAUGGUAGCUGAGAUCGAAGAAUGCGAUUUCUCCAAGGUGUUAGAGAGGCCGAGGACUUUGAAUAUGGACAGAGAGAGACAGAAAUCGUUCGAUGAGAGGUCGCUUAGUGAAUUAUCCAUUGGAUUCUCGCCGCGUCUGUUCCCGAGAGUUGCGGAUAAUACAGUUCGGACGGUUUCGGAUAUUCUGGACGGUGCGUUUUCGCCCGGGAGGCGGUCGGGUUUCAACACGCCGAGAUCGCUGUUCGGGUUCGAACCGCACCCGAUGGUUGGAGAAGCUUGGGAUGCUUUGAGGCGUUCCUUGGUUUAUUUUCGUGGUAAACCUGUGGGGACCAUUGCUGCAUUGGAUAAUUCUGAAGAAGAACUUAACUAUGAUCAGGUGUUUGUUAGAGACUUUGUCCCCAGUGCGUUAGCUUUUUUGAUGAAUGGGGAACCUGAGAUAGUGAAGAACUUUAUUUUGAAGACUCUUCGCCUGCAAUCAUGGGAGAAGAAGAUUGAUCGAUUUCAGCUUGGGGAAGGGGUUAUGCCCGCUAGUUUUAAAGUGCUUCAUGAUCCGGUCAGGAACUCUGAAACUUUAAUAGCGGAUUUUGGUGAGAGUGCAAUAGGAAGGGUGGCUCCGGUUGAUUCUGGUUUCUGGUGGAUCAUAUUACUUCGGGCAUACACAAAGUCCACAGGAGACAGUUCAUUAGCUGAGAUGCCUGAAUGCCAGAAGGGUAUGCGCCUAAUUCUGAGUUUAUGUCUUUCAGAGGGGUUUGACACAUUCCCCACUCUUCUAUGUGCUGAUGGAUGCUGCAUGAUUGAUCGGAGAAUGGGUGUUUAUGGGUACCCCAUUGAGAUACAAGCACUUUUCUUCAUGGCUUUAAGAUGUGCUCUGGUUCUGCUUAAGCAAGAUGCUGAAGGGAAGGAGUUUGUGGAACGAAUAGUUAAACGUCUUCAUGCGUUAAGCUAUCACAUGAGAAGCUACUUUUGGCUAGACUUGAAGCAGCUCAAUGAUAUAUAUAGAUAUAAAACAGAGGAGUAUUCUCACACAGCAGUCAACAAGUUUAAUGUAAUCCCAGAUUCUCUUCCCGAAUGGGUUUUUGAUUUCAUGCCUCUGAAAGGUGGCUACUUUAUAGGCAAUGUUAGUCCUGCAAAAAUGGAUUUCCGUUGGUUUGGCUUGGGCAAUUGCAUUGCAAUUCUUUCAUCAUUGGCAACUGAAGAGCAGUCAAAUGCUAUUAUGGAUCUUAUAGAAUCACGCUGGGAAGAAUUGGUUGGAGAAAUGCCUCUAAAGGUUUGCUAUCCAGCCAUAGAAAGCCAUGAAUGGAGAAUUGUGACGGGAUGUGAUCCAAAAAACACAAGAUGGAGUUACCAUAAUGGGGGAUCUUGGCCAGUGCUUUUAUGGCUUCUCACUGCUGCAUGCAUCAAGACUGGACGCCCCCAAAUUGCAAGACGUGCCAUUGAGAUCGCUGAAACCAGGCUGCUGAAAGACAACUGGCCUGAAUACUAUGACGGGAAGGUCGGACGAUUCAUUGGGAAGCAGGCACGUAAGUUCCAGACUUGGUCAAUCGCCGGCUACCUGGUGGCAAAAAUGAUGUUGGAAGAUCCAUCUCAUCUGGGAAUGAUAUCACUUGAGGAAGACAAACAACUGAAGCCCCCCUUGAGAAGGUCAAGUUCAUGGACUUUCUGAUGUGUUUCCAGCUCCCUUUCUGUCCCUCAGCAGUCCAUUUUAGCUUUUCCGACAUUGGAUUCUUGAUGGUGAGUACAAAGAGAGAGAUUGAUGAUGAAUCUUGCUACCUUUAGUUUCAUGUUUCCUGUAGAAGGUGUGCUUUAGCAUACAACAUGUAUCAUGUCUUUUCUUUUUCCCCUCAAAUUUUGCAAUAAUAUGUUAAACUUUUCUUCCCCA